AUGGAGGUCAAGAAAGACCCAGCAUAUACUGUUGAUGAUGAUAAUGUAUCAUCUGCAGAGGGCCAACUCGAUGUCACCAGCGCAGCGUAUCGUCGACUUCCUCAGUCCCUUCGGGGUUUGGGCGAAGACGAGAUUGCCCAGCUCAACAAGAAGAUUGUCCGCAAGAUCGAUCUCCUCGUCCUUCCUACCAUCGGUAUUCUCUAUAUCCUCAACUAUAUCGACCGGCAGAAUCUUGCCUCUGCAAAGCUCCAGGGAAUUACCGAUGACCUAAAGAUGACCACCGAAGAGUUUGCAACUGCUGUUAGCAUUCUGUUCGUGGGCUACCUGCCUUUCCAGGUCCCCAGCAACCUGCUCAUCACGAAGAUCUCUCGUCCGGGAAUGUACAUUUGUGCUGCUGUAGCCCUCUGGGGCUGUAUCUCAGCUGCGACAGCUGCUGUCCAGAGCUAUGGGCAACUUCUCGCCGUCCGAGCCAUUCUCGGAGCAGCCGAAGCCGUGUUCUUCCCUGGCGCUAUCUAUUACCUGUCCGCCUGGUACACGAAAGUGGAGCUUGGAAAGCGCAUUGCUGGGUUAUAUAUUGCCCAACAGGUGGGUAAUGCCUUUGGUGGCCUCUUCGCUGCAGCAAUCCUGCAGCUCGACGGCGUUCACGGUAUUCGCGGCUGGCGAUGGCUGUUCAUCAUUGAAGGGAGUGCCACCGUUGGAAUUGGCGUUGUGUGUGCCUGUAUCAUGCCAGAGUUCCCGCACAACAGUCGUAUUCUUUCUCCAGAAGAGCGUUCCCUGGCUGUUUGGCGCAUUGAGUCCGAAGCCGGAGCAGCUGAGGGCACCGAGAAAGAGAGUGUUCUCCGAGGAUUCGCCAAAGCCUUGUCUGACCCGAAGCUAAUCCUCCUGAUCCUCUGCAACAUGCUGUCUCAAGUCCAAGGGUCCAUUGCCAAUUAUUUCCCUACCCUGGUGGCCUCUUUGAACUUCUCCCACACCGUCAGCUUGCUCUUGACCGCACCACCGUACAUCCUCGCUGGUGCCGUCUAUUAUGGAAUCAUGUACUAUUCCGAUCGCAAGAACACCGUCUACCCGAUUAUUCUGAUUUGCAUCGCGAUAUCCGUCACUAUGUACAUCAUCCCAAUGGCCACGAUGAACGUGGGCGCACGAUACUUCUCGAUGGUCAUGCUACCCUUUGCCUCUGUGGGACCUCAGCUCCUCCUUUACAAGACCAUCAACCUUCAUCUUGCGCGUCCUAUCUCCAAACGUGCCGCUGCCUCUGCCCUGGUCAAUGCCAUUGGAGGCACGUCGAACAUCUGGGCUUCGUAUCUUUAUUACUCGUCGCCACACUUCUAUGCAGCCUUUGGGACUCUCAUGGCCUCUGCACUUUUGCUGGGAGUGACCAUAACUGUCUAUCGCUGGCUGGUUCUGCGUGAGAACAAGCGCUUGGACUCCGGUGAUCCUGAUCAGAUUGCCAAGGCCAUCAAGGGUGGUGUGACUGAGGAGAUGGUGCAACUCAACUGGCGCUAUGAAAUGUACUAA